GGGCGAGAGAGAAAGAGAGAGCGAAAGAGAGAGAAAGAGAGGGCGGAUCGGACGUGGAGAGAGAAUCACACAGCAGAGCCUUCACAGGCUAGACAGCAUCUUUCCGAAUCACAAUCACGAGCAAACAGGAAGAGGUCAAAGCGCACCAAAAUCUUUGAGCAGACAUAAUCCUUUAGCAGAGAUGGGGCCCGGAUUGUUCUGGAACUUCCCAUCCAAGACUAGCUGCACGGUUCCACAGAGCCUGCUGCAGACAAUGUUGCUCUCCAGGAUGGCUGGCAUAAAGGAUCAGCAGUUUACUGAAGAGAAACCGCUUCUGCCAGAAAUCAGGGGACAGGAACCAGAGACGGCUAAAGAACAGUGUGUGCAAGCACCGCCUAGUGAUACGCCCUCCCCUCACACGGCUCGCCCCCCUAAACGCUGGCAUUCGAUGGCCCGGCACUGGCUUGGCAUCACACGCCGUCGGACCAGCGGGUACAUCCCGGAAAACUGUGAAACGCUGGAUGUGUAUUCCGGAGAUUGGAAGGAACACGAUAUUGAAACGCCUUAUGGGAUGUUGCAUGUGGUCAUCCGGGGAGCUCCCAAAGGCAAUAAGCCAGCUAUCCUGACCUACCAUGAUGUUGGGCUCAACCAUAAGCUGUGCUUCAACUCAUUCUUCCACAAUGAAGACAUGCAAGAGAUCACCAAGCAUUUCGUUGUGUGCCACGUGGAUGCACCUGGCCAGCAUAUUGGAGCUCCUCAGUUGCCACAAGGGUACCAGUACCCCACUAUGGAUCAGCUAGCUGGAAUGCUUCCCAGUGUCGUGCAACACUUUGGCUUUAAGAGCAUUGUUGGUAUCGGAGUCGGGGCUGGUGCCUACAUCCUUGCCAAAUUUGCACUCAUCUUCCCUGAUCUCGUGGAGGGUUUGGUUCUAUUAAACAUCGACCCCAAUGGGAAAGGCUGGAUCGAUUGGGCCGCCACAAAACUGUCUGGACUCACCAGUUCUCUCCCGGACACUGUUCUAGCGCACCUCUUUAGCCAGGAGGAGCUUAUGAGCAACACAGAGGUGGUGCAGACGUACCGCCAACAGAUUAAUAACACCGUCAACCAGUUCAAUCUACAGCUCUUCUGGAACAUGUACAACAGCCGCAGGGAUCUGGAAAUGAACCGCAGUGGCUCUGUGUUGAAUGCCAAGACCCUGAGGUGCCCAGUCAUGCUUGUCGUUGGAGACAAUGCACCGGCUGAGGAGGGCGUGGUUGAGUGCAACUCCAAACUGGAUCCAACUAACACCACAUUCCUGAAGAUGGCUGACUCUGGUGGAUUGCCUCAGAUUACACAGCCUGGAAAGCUCACAGAGGCUUUCAAGUACUUCCUACAAGGGAUGGGAUACAUUGCGUCUAUAAAGGAUCGGAGAUUGAGUGGAGGGCCAGUGCCCUCGGCCAGUAUGACCCGUCUCGCUCGUUCGCGAACAGCCUCUCUGACCAGCGCCGGCUCGGUGGACGGGACUCGCAACCGCGCAUGCACGCAUUCAGACAGCACAGAGGGUGUCGGGCAGGUCAGCCAAACCAUGGAGGUUUCCUGCUGAGCCCUCGUUCAUAUUCGCACAUGCACACAUUUAGAGAGACAUGUUGCAUGGAAGAAGGGCCUGAGAAGAAUGGAAAACUCGUAUUACUUUCAUUCUUUCUUUCUCAGCCAUUCACUUUCCAUGUACUUUUCUCUUGAUUAUUUUUUCAGUGUUAGCCCUCUUAAAGGAACAGUUCACCCAAAAAUGACAAAUCGGUCAUCGUUGCUUCCCUUAAUGUACUUGAUGUUUCAAGUAAGGCUGUUUAAGUCUAGAUGCAGUGAAUAAAGACUGAUAAUUAAUAAUUAAUAAUAAUAAUUAAUACAGACAAUUUAGAGGAACUCUGCUUAGCUAAGUUUUAAAAUGACAUUGGGGGAGUAAUUGAUGACCCAAUUUUCAUUAUUGGGCGAACUGUUACUUAAAUAACCUGUAAAAUAAAGACAAUAAUGUCUUCCCCUUAACAGUGUUUGAUUCUCCCCAACUGUAUAACACGACUUAUUUAUCGCUAAGUGUCAGUAUUUCUGCACCCUUCGCUUGCUGCCUCUGGCCUUCACCUUCUCCUAAGAAAAAACUACAAGUCCCAUCAGCUCUCACUCGUUCCUGUCCUACGACAGUCUUUGUGGAGUAACUGAUUGGUGGGUCAUAAUAGAGGGGGUGGGUCCUGAGGAAAAAAUAUGAAAUAAAGCUAAAGAAGAUUGAUCCGGAGAGAGAUAUAAAAGUGACAUUAUGGUUAUGCUCUCCCUCUUUGCUACGUGUAAACGCGAAGCAGUUGCGUUGUUAAAGAGUGCAAAAAUUAACCAAUGAAUAGCAGCUUUUGACUAAUCAUCUCAGGUCACUGGGAUUCGUAACUAUUUUACGAGGUGGCCAAUUUGUAUGAAAUGUGCGAUGUGACUUGUAUAAAACGCACAAUUACCAUAAAAAGCAUUAAUUAAGCCCCACCCCCUUGGGGGCACCUACUGGCAAACAAGGGUACUGCAAUGCUUUGAGAUUAGCACGAGUGUGCGGCUUAAGCAAAUUCACGCGUUUUAGGCCACAAAACAUUUUUUUGGUUUCAUACAGUAAACAUCUCCUCACUAUCUGCUAGCUGCCUGUCCUCUGAACACACUGUAAAAAACGCGGUCUCUGUUGACAGCCCAGGCACCAUAAACGGCAACAAAAACAAAGUGGUCAAACCUACCACCACGAAACAUAACAAAGUGUUCCAGCCAAUAAACGACAAGAAGGAUUUGAGAGUAGGUGUUGGGAGCGUUCAUGACUCGUUCAGAAAGCACAGAAGGGAGGGGGAGGAGUUAACUACGCUCCAUUUUGUUUGACAACACUUCGAAUGUCAACAAGAAGUGACGUCACACAGAUUCGCGUUGAGCGCCUUUAAAUAUGGUUUAAAUAAAUUAAAACUGUUUUAGCCUAAAGUUACUCAAACUUGAAUUUUACAAAUACAAUGUGAAUUCUUAUAUUUCUAUAAGUGGCUCUGGUCUUGGGGGGGGGCAAUGCCCCCUUUGUCCCCCCAAACUCAGCCUAUGAUUAGCCACCUUGUCAAAUCGUUACGAAUCGACAGGAGACUGUGUUGUUUAUUUAGUAUGUAGUAUAAACAACAUACUGUACAUUUCAAAACCACUGCACGAGGUGUGCACGCGAUGUGACGAGUUUUUUUCGUUAAUUAAUUUUCAAGUUGUGACAUUGUUUAUGGCGACUGUAUGAACGUAUGCACAUUUAAUUUAUUAGUGAUUAUCGCUUGUGUUACGCAAUCACUUUUUUAGCCGUUAGAAGCGCAUGAACAUUACCUGACUAGCAUGCGUAGUAUUUAUUAUAAACUCAUACUAACAUACUAAAUAGUCAAACUUUACCUGUAUUUUCCCGUUCCUGUCGGAUUAAGCACCAGCUAGUCGACCCUUACAAAAAGCGACAUGAUGAUUUUCACAUCUUCUCGCCUGUGAAAGGCGCAUGUGACAUUCAUGUGGCUUUUUGGUAAGGUGCAUCCAUACCUUAGGUACAUACCUGGCACCCAUAUGAUCGUCGUAGUGUCCACUCCCUGUCAUACGAAGGUGGCUUCGCCUGAGAUCGGUUCUGUACGGUUUCCCUUUUGUAGACAAUCAUCUUCUGACCCAAACCAAACUGGAACCGUCAACUGAGGCAGAGCCCGUGCGACGGGGUUUGUCGCUUUUAUUUAGUCGCCAUUAGUGGGACAUGAACCAAGCGACGAGUUUCUCUUACAGCAUCCAGCCCUAAACGAAGAAUAUACCAAAGUUAAAGAAACAACACACACACACAAACGCAUAUUCAUAGAUGAGGGCUGGACUCUGCAAGAGAACUAAGCUUUUUGUAGUGUUUAUAGACUUGCAUGUCAGUUAUGCAUGUUUGUACAGACACUAAAUUCAUGCUUUUGUAUGAAUGCUAAACUUUGCUAUACAUUUGUUAUUGUUGUAAUUAUUCAUUAAUUCAUAAUGGGCGUAUUAAUUUAUUGUUGCUUUAUGUAGACGACCACCAUACUAAACAUGAAUGAAUGGCAUGAAAUGAGUUGAUUGGCUGACACUGCCUGAUUUACUAAAGGGGCGGAGCAAUUUCCGUUCCACAUCCGCACUUUUUUGUCUUACUGAAUGUCAUGUGCUUCUACCAUAAGGAAAACAAUAACACUUUCUCAGGGGUGAUUCCUGCAUGCGUGUCUGUAAGGGGCGGGGCUUUCAGGAGCGACGUUGCUCCAAGCUCGGAAUGUAGGGUCAAAUCCCAACCCCAAAAAACCCAACCCUAAAAAUCACAAGGUGCCCCGGCCCUCACAAACACAACCAGGCGCCUCAAAGGGCUGUCGACCCGGGCAACGCAUCGAGAUUUCCUCACUCCGUGCCAUGCUGGGCGUUACUGUAGAUACUGUACAAAGAGAGAGAUGAAUGUUUGCGAAAGAGAGAGGGAGAGUCUGAUUGAGAGAAGCGAUGAUGAUGCUCAAAGUGGUUCAGGAGGGUGAAAGCCAAACGCAAAUAUAGCGAAAGAGCAAACCGUGGUGGCGUUUCCUCCUCAAGACUGAAUGGACAAAAACAAGCGUUCUUCCCCAGUAUUGAUUUGCAUGAGUUGCCAACCUCGUGUUUGUGUCCGUUAUAUCCUGUUUGAAGUAUGCAGUCGUGAGCUCUUAAUAAGAGACGAGGAGCAUGCCACAAGUUCACCUUUUAAAGGUGCGCUUUUAUCCCCAAACCCCAGUGUUUGCCUGGGGGCCCUGAAUGUAUCGAGUCCUUGGAAGUGAUGUACAGUAUUGUCAAUGUGGCCCCAUAUCACCUUUACUAAAAUCAGGGCUCACACCAGUGUAACCUGCCAUACCUGCCUUCCUUGCACCCUUUCCCCUAUCGAUCAAUGUUCUACGCUGUAGAUAUUUGCUGUUUUUAGGGCAUACAAUCUAAAAAUAGGUCUCUACCACUAGCCUUGUCAUGUGGAAAUCAAAUACAAUUUCCUUUUUUUAUUAUAUAUAUAUAUAUAUAUAUAUAUAUAAUGGUAGUUCUUAUUUAACCGUGUGCUGCAUCUGUUAUUGUGAAGAUUCGAUGAGUAUUAUUAUUAAUUUUUAAUAUGAUUAUGGUUGUUACGACUAGCCAUUGUUUUUAUUAAGCAAUAAGUUCCUUUGUUUUUCUGUUUUGUUUUUUUUUGGAAGGGAAGCUGGUUGUUACAAAUACAUCUACAGAAAUAGAUUCACUUAACCUGCUUUGCCAUAAUAAGGAAAAUAAAACGAAACAAUGUGUUUAUGUAAUAUGUACAUCUAUAUACAAGCUGUCACUGUCUGUGUACUAAAAAAACUGAACGUGCAUCAAAUAAAACAGAUACUGUAUGUAAAAGA